AUGAAUCACUUGAGACUGGAGAUCAUCUGCUGGAGCUGCCUGCUCCUAAUGAUGGCUGCUGGGACGGAAGCCGCUUCGGUUUGGAAGCUACCCACCGCGGAAAUGGUCUACGAGGAUCUGGAAAGGUGUCGCCAACAGGGCCAAGAUGGCCAAGAAGAGGAUGCAGCCACCCUGAGGUGUUUGGUGAAGAAACUGGGACUGUGGACGGAUGAGAGUGGCUACAAUGGCAGGCGGAUAGCGAAGAUCUUUGCCGGGCAGAACCAGAUGGAGGAACUGAUGCUGGUGGUGGAGCACUGCAACCGGAAGGAGCGGGACACGGGCCACCUGGAUGACUGGGCCUUCCUGGCCUACAGGUGCGCCACUUCCGGCCAGUUUGGCCAUUGGGUCAAGGACUUUAUGAGUCAAAAGGAAGCGGAACAAUGA